GUCGGGGGAUUGGCGGAGGCGCCGAUCGACGGGUAGGAGGAGGGCGCGCGCGCGCGACAUGGCUGCGCCGCCGGCGAGGGCCCGGGCCGACUACGACUACCUCAUCAAGCUCCUCCUCAUCGGGGACAGCGGUGUUGGCAAGAGUUGCCUCCUUCUGCGGUUCUCUGAUGGCUCCUUCACUACCAGCUUUAUUACCACAAUUGGUAUUGACUUUAAGAUCAGAACAAUAGAACUGGACCAGAAACGUAUUAAGCUACAAAUAUGGGAUACAGCUGGUCAAGAACGUUUCAGGACUAUUACUACUGCGUAUUACCGAGGAGCCAUGGGCAUCCUGCUUGUUUAUGACGUCACGGAUGAGUCAUCUUUCAACAACAUAAGGAACUGGAUCCGGAAUAUCGAGCAACAUGCAUCCGACAAUGUCAACAAGAUCUUGAUUGGCAACAAGGCUGAUAUGGAUGAGAGUAAAAGGGCUGUACCUACAGCGAAGGGGCAAGCUUUGGCUGAUGAAUAUGGCAUCAAGUUUUUCGAAACUAGUGCCAAGACGAACCUCAACGUGGAGCAAGUUUUUUUCUCCAUUGCCCGCGACAUUAAGACGAGGCUUGCUGAGACCGACUCCAAGCCCGAGGACAAGACCAUCAAGAUUAACAAGACAGAAGGCGCCGACGCACCGGCAGCUUCGGGAUCUGCUUGCUGUGGCUCCUAAGGGAUUGCUGGGUCCCGAUGAUCAUUGUUUAUUUGACAUCAUUCAGUUCCUGCUUGUCUGUUAUAGGAAGAAUGUCAAGAAGAAAAUUAUGACUUAUGAUACAGAUCUGGUUGUACUUAUAUUUGCCUCCCAUUCUUUGAAGCAACUACCCUUGCUUUUGACGUAGCUGUUGCAAUUGCUGGGAGCUAUUGUACGCUGGAUUUCAGUCCGUUGAACCUCGCUACAGUGUGUAAUGAUUUCAAUCCAUGCUGUUGGCCUGCUUUGGUUUC